AACGACACAUUUUUUCUGUUAUUUGUUUUCAAGGCUGAUAUUCGUGACACUUAGCGUUAUCAAAAGCUGAAAUUCAGAGAGUAGAAGAGAUUUGCUGUCAAUUAGACAUGUUCAGCCACACGCCCAGAAGGAGGAUGCAGCUUGUGGACAUGGUCCAGAUUGUCCGUGAGACGCUUGCAGAAGUCACGGACUCGGAGCAGAAGGAGCGCUACGACUUCGUCAACAUGGUGGUGGACUGGGACUGGCUUCGUAUAGUAUAUGGUCAAACCAUCUACACAAAAAAGUCCCAGCCAAAGAUCCCCAACUCCAACAUCCUGUAUAAGGCCAGCUUCUCUAACCACACCCCCGAGGAUAGGAUGUACAACCUCAAGACACGCAGGAGGACCACCUCAGUCUGCAAGAUGUGCUACACCCGGGCGCUCACCUUCGGCGGGGACAUCAACAUCACAGCCACGCCCCCCGGAAUACCCGCAGGGGUCACCACAGGGUUCAAGGCCGGGAAGGAAAUAAAGAAAGGAAACGUAGUGACCAGCGAGCAGGAGCUCACCUGGAUUGUAAACAGUGACAUCAGCGUCAAGCCCAAUCACAUGAUCACGGCGGAAGUCAAGAUCCUGGAGGAAGAGUUUGCCGGCGACUUCGAGCUCACAGUUUGGUUUGAAGGAUUAGUGAUUGCCUACCCGCGGCGGAAACAAAAAGACAAAAUUGAGAAAUUCCAGGAGAAGAUGGCCAAAAGCUUCCUGCCCAAGUCCUACCUGGAGAAGUACAAGGAGGACGGCACGACCAUCGCGCUGACCGCCGCCAACAUGUUCACGCCGGCCCGUGGGUUCACCCUCGACCGCAAUGACCGUCCGGAGUUACCGAUCAAGGGGUCAACCAAGUGCAAGUUUGGGCUCGAGCAAGUCGUCACCCUCGAAGAACUACCCGCCCCUACACCCGCACCCCACACCACCCCCUUCCAAACCAAAUAG